UUUUUCAAAAAUGCGUGGUUUUGUGAUUUUUUUUAGUAUUAGGGACAGUACAUGAGAAGCGAGCCGGGGAGAGAUCAAAAAGAGCGAGGAUCACCUCUGCUCACUCUGCUCACUUCAGGGACAGACAGGGACAGAAUAACAUUUAUUUGUGGAUCACAUUUAGGCUGGUAGAAAUUGGAAGUUGAUCUCUCGCGCGAUCACAUCGAAAUGUAAAUAUGAAAAAAUCCUAAUUAUUUAACUUCCCCGUGAUCUUACCACUGGUCGUGGCCGGCGCCAUUAUUUAUCAGCAUGAUAGGGUUCUUUGAAACAUGUGGUGAUGAUAACUUUCGAUAGAUUUGUCACAUCUUCAAUAUCUUGGACGCGUUAGACGACUCGAAUGCUUUUAAAUACCUUUCUAAAAAUGUAUAGCAUGACAGGUUUUCUUAUAAAAACCACCCUUUUUACAAUCUUCCGGACUUUUGUUAAAAUCGUUUUAUUAGCAUAACUUUUGAAGUACUUAACUAAACUGCAUAAUUUUUGAUAGCGACUUAUGGGACCCCAAGACGUAUCGAAUGACGCCAAAACGGACAAAAUCGGUUUAGCCAAUGUCGAGAUAAUCGAGUGACAAUUUUUUGAUCAACAUCCCACCACACACACAGACAUUUGCUCAGAAUUUGAUUCUGAGUCGAUAGGUAUACAUGAAGGUGGGUCUAGGAGGUCUAAUUGAGAAGUUCAGUUUUCGAGUGAUUUUAUAGCCUUUCCUCAGUAACGUGAGGAAGGCAAAACGGAUAAAUUGCAACCACGUGUCUGGCGCAUGCGCCACAAUCCACAAGUGUCCCCCUCGACUGGUUACCUUGGAACCGUUAACGACCCCAACAGAAAACACAAUCCCCGAAAAAAUCAACGAAACCAAACCAAAAUGGAACUCGAGCUGACCCGCGUCGACUACACGACGGUUGGCCUCACGGCGGCCAACUGCCUCCAGCUGCUGCCGGUGACUUCGGGCGGGGACGCGGUUCUGUCGUCCCGUGCCCGCCAGCAGCAGAAGGUCGUGGUAGGCGACCAGGACGGGGUGCUGCAGGUGUUUUCGAUGAAAAAGGACGAACUACAGGUGCACUUCAAGACGCUGCCCACGGAUAAGAUCGCGUCGGUGAAGCUGGGCGGCCAGAUUGGUUCGGUGGCGGACAAGAUCUUUACGGCGUCGGAGAAUAAGGUUCGGGGGUUCAAUAAGAAGGGGAAGAUGUUUUUGGCGUUUGAGACGAACUUGACGGAGAACAUUAGGUCGAUGUUUGUGAGUGGAAGCGAUUUGUUGGUUUGUGGGAACCACGUCUAUAACCAUUACAAGGACUGCAAAGAGCACGGGUCUUAUUUGUGCGGCGAUGCAAUUGUGGACGUGGCCGGGUUGUGUCCUAAUAAUACGAGUCGGCUGAUAACGGUGCUGGCGUGUUCGGGACGAGUUUUGCGGAUCUUGGAGCACUCGCGAGUCCGGCAAACGCUCGAGCUGGACAGCGUUCCGACGGUGCUGCACGUUCCGAAGGGUCUCGGCGAUAGAAUCCUGUGUGGGUUCGCGGACGGGAAGGUUGUGCUGUUCCACAUCAAUGUGGCGUCCAGCGAAGUCAAACGGGAGACUUUGGUCGAAGAUGCGGAGAACCUGAGUGCCGUCACGUGUCUGGAGACGUUCGACCUGUCCGGGGAUGGGAAGGACGAGCUGAUCGUGGGUAGACGCGACGGAACGCUGCAGGUGUUUACGAUGAACUCGGACGAGUACCAGUUUGAGAUGGAAUGUACGCAGAUCUACAGGGAGAACUUUACGGAGAGUGUGUCGAGCGUACAGGGUGGUUGCAUUGGGGCUAAUGGAUACUCGGAGAUCGCGGUUUGUACGUACUCUGGUAGGGUGUUUGGCUUGACAACCCAAUGCAUCAGCAAGAGUCUAAGUGACUCGAAUAAACGUGGUUCGGUCAGCAUGGCUCCGGACGCGUCCUCGAAGCUUCACAAACUGCGUGCUGAGAUCUACGAACUGGAGCAAGCGAUCACCAGGGAACGCGAACGCUACCAACAGUCGACACAAGCCCUCUCGACGGGGUUGUCGGCGAUCCCGAUGCUACCAGUCAACGACUCGAUGCUACUCUGCCAGGAAGACGCAACGUACAUGCUCACCGUGGAGAUCCCAACCCCGAUCGAGCACGUUCUCCUGCAGUGCGAUGCCCCGAUCAACCUGAUCGACGUCGAGAAGAACUCUGCGGUGGUAAGCUUCAGCGAGUGCGAUAAAAUGAGUGGCAACAGCCUGCUAGCCAGCUAUCGCUGCCAAUCCAACACAAACCGCGUCGAUCUCAAGUUUCGCACCGUCGAGGGUCAAAACGGAACCCUUCAGGUGUACAUAACGCCAAACCUGCAGCCCAAAUGUUGCCAGCUGAAGCGCUACUCGAUCAAACCGCUGUCCCUGCACGCGAUCGUUCACAACCUACCGGACGACGAGCUGUCCAGGCCGAUGAACGUCCUAAUCCUCAAAGGGGCCUUCAGCCAGGCCGAGAUGCACAACUGGAUGAUCAACAGCAUCCCGGAGCUGCCGGAAAAGAUCUACGGCAACGACAAGAUCCGGCAGGUGUUCCGGCACGUGUUCAUCGGCACGGUGCUGAUCUGCGAGUACGGCAAGGGCGAGGCCGACUUUCGCAGCGAUAACGUGUCCACCAUUUCGAUACUUAAAGAUUUUAUUACCAAAGAGGCGACCAAGAAGCGCAUCAAGCUGGAGAUCGUCACGAACAUCAACGAGCAAACCAUCCCCGGCCUCAUCAAGCUGAUCGAACCCAAGAUCGUGCACUACAACAAACUGACCAAGGACUACCAGAUAUUGCAGGCGCUGAUCGAUCUGGACAUUCGCAACGACGACGAGUUUGGAACGCUCUCGCAAGAGUACCAGGAUCUGCUGAAGAACCAGCGCCAGAUCGAGGCGGAGUUUAAGAAGCAACCAACGAUCCUGAACCGCAUCUACGGCAUUCUGACGGAUCUGUACAUCGAUAAGUUCAAGUUCAAGGGUGUCAACGUGAAGACGAAGCUGCCGCAGCUGAUUGAUUUGCUGGAGCAUUACGAAUAUGAGGAGUUGGUGGGUUUCUACAGCGUUGUAAAGACGAUUGAUGAUGAGGUUUGAAGAUUUAUAGUUAUGAAUAGGGUUGGUGAAUUUUCACGAUUUCGCGGAACGCGUUUGGUUCUUUCCGUGGGAUCCUUUUAAUAUUUUAUUGUUCUAUACAUACACAUUUUUCAAAUAACUCUGGAGCAAUUCUCUACGAAAUCGGUCUUUUUUCUUCAAUUUUAAUUUUUGUAUUUUUUAAUCCGGCUGAAACUUUUUUGGUGCCUUCGGUAUGCCCAAAGAAGCCAUUUUGCAUCAUUAGUUUGUCCAUAUAAUUUUCCAUACAAAUUCGGCAGCUGUCCAUACAAAAAUGAUGUAUGAAAAUUCAAAAAUCUGUAUCUUUUGAAGGAAUUUUUUGAUCGAUUUGGUGUCUUCGGCAAAGUUGUAGGUAUGGAUACGGACUACACUGGAAAAAAUAAUACACGGUAAAAAAAAAUUUGGUGAUUUUUUUAUUUAACUUUUUAUCACUAAAAC